ACCUCACCACCUGAGUGUUGGACCUCCACUACACCUCACCACCUGAGUGUUGGACCUCCACUACACCUCACCACCUGAGUGUUGGACCUCCACUACACCUCACCACCUGAGUGUUGGACCUCCACAUACUAAACCUCUGUUUUAAUUAUUUACCAGAAGAGAAGGUGAACACGCCAAUGUCAUCGUAUUGAGGGACGACGUGCUCUUGAAUAUUAGAAAUGAAGUUGGCGCCGCUGUGUAUGUUGGUGGCGGCUGUGGCGGGGGGCGCCGUCGGGAAAUUGCCCCCUCCUGAGAGACCCUACAAGAUCCUUAUGCUCCUUGCUGUCUCUGCCCCGAGCCACAGGAACGUCUUCAUGCCUCUAGCUGAGGCUCUGGCCGACCGUGGACACGAGAUUGUGAUGUUAACCAACCUAACCAAAGUAUCGAAGCAUCCCAACAUAAAGGAGGUUAACCACUACGCAACACCCUUCAAUGAUGAGGAUACAAACAUGUUCGAAUGCUUGAAGGACCCGACAGGCUCCUUCCUCGUACUAGAGCGCAUUAUUGUGCCUGUUGCCAGGAACUUUUACAAGGAUCCCACGGUGAAGGAGCUCUAUGAGCGGAGGAAGGAGUUUGAUCUCUUCAUUGUGGACCAUGCAUUCAAUGAGAUGGUGUACCCGUUUGUCCACGAGGCUCCAUUCAUCAUGCUCACUACACCUGGGCUGGAUUUUCGUCAGAGCGCCGUCCUUGGUAACGUCCUCCAUCCGGCCUACACCCCCAACAUCAUCCUGGAUUUCCCACGCCCCUACUCUAUCUGGCACCGCUUUUUAAAUACGAUAUUUCAUAUAGGAAUUGCGUUUUACUGGCGAAAUUGGGUCAUCGUGCCUCAGGUGCAGAAGGAGAUCUCUGCGCAGUUCCCGGAUCUUCCGCCGCUGUUGGACCUGGAGAGGAACAUGAGUCUGGCGCUGAUGAACACCCACUUUAGUAUUGGUAUACCACUGCCCCUCCUGCCUUCACAGGUGGAGGUGGGCGGCAUGCACUGUCGACCCGCCAGCCCUCUGCCCCAGGAGGUGGAAUCUUGGAUACUAGGAGCAGGAACUGCCGGCGUCAUCUACUUCAACUUGGGCUCCUUGGUAAUCGGAACCCAUUUGCCAGUGCAAUACCGUAAGGUGUUAGUCGAGGCCUUCCGCAGGCUGCCACAGCGCGUCCUCUGGAAAUUCGAGGGGGAGCUGGAGGACCUCCCUGAGAACGUGAUGAUCAGCAAGUGGCUCCCCCAGCAGGAUAUUCUUGGUCACGACAACGUGAAGGUGUUCAUCACCCACUGUGGCCUCCUCAGCCUGCAGGAGGCCAUCUACCACGCCACGCCUCUCCUCGCCCUCCCCAUCUUCUCCGACCAGCCCAGGAACGCUAUGGUUGUGAAGAAGAAUGAACUGGGACACUUUCUUCUGUGGGAGGAGCUCACUGUGGACUUGGUCGUCGACUCCCUCACCGAUAUUAUUAACAACCCGAAGUAUAAAGAAAACGUUAUGAGGAUGUCAACGGGGAUGAGGGACCAGCCGACGUCGCCCAGGGACCGGGCGGUGUUCUGGACGGAGUACGUCAUCCGCCACCGUGGGGCGCCCCAGCUGAGGUCCCCGGCGGCACAGCUCUCCUGGGUGGAGUUCCUCAUGCUCGACGUCCUCCUCCUCCUCCACCUGGCUCUCUUCCUUCUCGUCUUCAUCCUACGUCGCAUCUUCCGGGUCAUCGCUGCUAAAGCACUUGGUAGUGGCAUUAACAAAAUGAAGAAGGAAAUGGAGUUGGCGCCGUUGUGUGUGUUGGUGGCGGCUGUGGCAGGGGUCGCCGCGGGGGAGUUGGCGCCCCCUGAGAGAGCCUACAAGAUCCUCAUGCUCCUCCCCGUCUCUACCAAGAGCCACAGGAACCUCUUCAUGUCCCUGGCCGAGGCUCUGACUGACCGUGGACACGAGGGGGGUACGUUGAGCAUCUUCCGGUCCAUGGAGACGUAUCUGCUAGCCUUUGCCAAGGACUUGUACAAGGUUCCCGUGGUGAAGGAGCUCUACGAGAAGAGGAAGGAGUUUGAUCUUAUCGUAGUGGAUCAGGUAGUAAACGAGGUGGUGUAUCCCUUCGUGCACGAGGUUCCCUUCAUCUUCCUCUCCCCUCCAGGGAUGGACCCACGCCAGAGCGCCGUCCUGGGCAACGUCCUCAACCCGGCCUACGUCCCCAACUUUGCAUAUUUCUCCAAGUCCAGGAGCUUCUGGCAUCGCUUCCGCGACCUGAUGCUUAACAUAGGAUUUGCUGUUUACUGGCGGAUCUUGGUUGUCAUUCCACUCGUCCAGAAAGAGAUCUCUGCGCAGUUCCCGGAGCUGCCGCCGCUGUUGGACCUGGAGAGGAACAUGAGUCUGGCGCUGAUGAACACCCACUUUAGUAUUGGUAUACCACUGCCCCUCCUGCCUUCACAGGUGGAGGUGGGCGGCAUGCACUGUCGACCCGCCAGCCCUCUGCCCCAGGAAUUAGAGUCGUGGAUCACAGAGGCGGGAUCAUCUGGCGUUAUUUACUUCAGCUUGGGCUCCAUCGCGCGUAGUGCCUCUUUGCCAAUCAAGUACCGCGACCUCUUCAUCCAGGCCUUCCGCAGGCUGCCACAGCGCGUCAUCUGGAAAUUUGACGACGCAGAACUCCAGGUCUCGGCAAACAUGGAGUUGGCGCCGUUGUGUGUGUUGGUGGCGGCUGUGGCAGGGGUCGCCGCGGGGGAGUUGGCGCCCCCUGAGAGAGCCUACAAGAUCCUCAUGCUCCUCCCCGUCUCUACCAAGAGCCACAGGAACCUCUUCAUGUCCCUGGCCGAGGCUCUGACUGACCGUGGACACGAGGUAGUGAUGCUGACUAACCAUCCCAAGUCGUCGGACAACCCCAGCAUCCACGAGGUCUCUCACGGUCUCCCAUAUGUCAAGGAGGACAAUAUGAAUGUGUUCGACUUCAGGGGGGGUACGUUGAGCAUCUUCCGGUCCAUGGAGACGUAUCUGCUAGCCUUUGCCAAGGACUUGUACAAGGUUCCCGUGGUGAAGGAGCUCUACGAGAAGAGGAAGGAGUUUGAUCUUAUCGUAGUGGAUCAGGUAGUAAACGAGGUGGUGUAUCCCUUCGUGCACGAGGUUCCCUUCAUCUUCCUCUCCCCUCCAGGGAUGGACCCACGCCAGAGCGCCGUCCUGGGCAACGUCCUCAACCCGGCCUACGUCCCCAACUUUGCAUAUUUCUCCAAGUCCAGGAGCUUCUGGCAUCGCUUCCGCGACCUGAUGCUUAACAUAGGAUUUGCUGUUUACUGGCGGAUCUUGGUUGUCAUUCCACUCGUCCAGAAAGAGAUCUCUGCGCAGUUCCCGGAGCUGCCGCUGCUGUUGGACCUGGAGAGGAACAUGAGUCUGGCGCUGAUGAACACCCACUUUAGUAUUGGUAUACCACUGCCCCUCCUGCCUUCACAGGUGGAGGUGGGCGGCAUGCACUGUCGACCCGCCAGCCCUCUGCCCCAGGAAUUAGAGUCGUGGAUCACAGAGGCGGGAUCAUCUGGCGUUAUUUACUUCAGCUUGGGCUCCAUCGCGCGUAGUGCCUCUUUGCCAAUCAAGUACCGCGACCUCUUCAUCCAGGCCUUCCGCAGGCUGCCACAGCGCGUCAUCUGGAAAUUUGACGACGCAGAACUCCAGGUCUCGGCAAACGUAAAGAUUCUUAACUGGCUUCCUCAGCAGGAUAUUCUCGGUCAUGACAACGUGAAGGUGUUCAUCACGCAUGCAGGUCUCCUCAGUCUGCAGGAGGCCAUCUACCAUGCCACGCCCCUCCUCGCAAUUCCCAUUUUCGGUGACCAGCUCAAGAACGCCAUGUUCGUGAAGGGGACUGGACUGGGAGACAGUCUGGUGUGGGAGGAACUGACUGAGGACAUGAUCGUUCACGCGAUUAACAAUAUCACCACUGACCCUAAGUAUAAGAAAAACGUGAUGAGGAUGUCAGCGGGGAUGAGGGACCAGCCGACGUCGCCCAGGGACCGGGCGGUGUUCUGGACGGAGUACGUCAUCCGCCACCGUGGGGCGCCCCAGCUGAGGUCCCCGGCGGCACAGCUCUCCUGGGUGGAGUUCCUCAUGCUCGACGUCCUGCUGCUGCUCCUCCUGGCUCUCUUCCUUCUCUUCUUCAUCCUUCGUCGUAUCUUCAGGUUCAUGUCUACUAAAAUCUUUGACGGCGACAGUAGAAAAAGUAAGAACAAGAGGGAGUAGGAACGCCGUCUUUACCGUUACCUUGAAAAACCUUUGGAAAACGAUUCAAAUAAAGAAGUUUGUCAUAUUCCAAC